ACCCUUUCUUCCUCCUCCCCCACCGCCUCCAAUCCCCCGCAAUUCCCUCCCUCUCUCUCUCUAGCCUUCCCGUAGGAUUAGCUAGCAUUGCUCCUCUCUCCCCUCCGUCCAUCUCCAAUCCCAAAGACACAGCUGCUAGCUCGCAGAAUUCAUACCCUGGCUCUGUUCCUGCUCUGUUCUUGCUGGCUCUGCUCCUGGCUUGACCUCUUCUCCUUGCCACGGACAGAGGAGUACGUCGCAGAGUCCUUCCGCCCGUCCCCUAUUUUGUUCUUGGUGCCUCUUUUCAUAUAUACAGAGCUCGAGUCGAGUCCUUCCCAGGUGGGGGCAGGGGCGGCCAUUGGUUUCCCUUUCCUCUUUGGAGUCUGCCCAUGUCCCAAGGUCUCUGCUGCGACUCUGCUUAGCUCCCUCCGAAAAGAUAGGAAGAAAAAAUUGCCGUUUCCUCGCUACCUUUUGCUCCGUCUUCCUCUCCGUCUCGCAGCUUUCAUCGGCCGGGAAGGAAGGGAAUUCCUCGGUUCCCGCGCUGUCUUUCGGGGUUUAGGGGUUUAGGAAUUCUUCACUCGCUUCUUGUGGAGCUGUGGUGGUGGUGGCGGUGGUGGAAUUGAUUGAUCGGCCGGCGAAGAAGAGCUGGAAUAAAUUCUUGGUUUGAGCGGCGGCGGUGGUGGUGGUGGUUGAGGGGGCAUUGGCGAUGACGUCGUCUUGCAUACCGACGGGGCUGCGGCUGGACCUGGACAUGGUGAAGGCGGCGGCGUCCCCCGGGGCGCACUCGUCGCCGCUGCGGCCGGCGCACUCCUCGCCGUCCUCCACGCUCUCGGAGGCCUCCAACGCGUCCUCCUCGGCCACCUCCGUCUCGCUCAAGCGCGCGCGGGCGCCGCGGAAGCGGCCCAACCAGGCCUACAACGAGGCCGCCGCGCUGCUCGCCUCCAUCCACCCCUCCGUCUUCCCCGUCAAGAAGAGCCCCAAGACGGCCACGGCGCCGCGGCCACCGCCGCUCUCGGGCCUCGCCGUGGCCUUCGGCGCCGCCGCGUCCUCCUCCGACCUCCUCCCGCCGCUCCCCGUCCUGUCCGACGCCGCAUUCCUCCUCCGCGACCACGCGGCCUCGCCCUCGCCGCGGCCGCCGCAGAGCCCGUCCAUCGACGCCUGCAAGAACUGCUCGUCACCGACGCCCGUCAGCAGCGCGUUCCGGGAGUUCCGCGACCCGGCGCCGUCGCCGGCCAGCCCCGACACCGCCACCGACGAGCCCGGCGAGCUCGACUUCGACGACGACGGCUUCGACGCCGAGUCCAUCCUCGACGUCGACGAGGCCGCGGCCGGCGGCGCUGCCGAGGGCAUCGACGGCAUCAUGGGGAGCCUCACCAUGGAGGCCAACACGGCCACCGCCACGUCCGACGACUCCAUCCUGUCCAGCUCCGGCAUACACCCCUACCUCAGGAGCCUCAUGGUGGUCGGUCUCGCUGGCCGGUUCGAGCUCGGCCUCGGCUCCCGGCAAAGCACCCGCCCCAACCUCAACCGUGCCCUCAAGCGGCGGGACGACGACGGGGCCUGGUGGAUGUGGCCUGCUGUGCCGGUGAAGGACAUCACGGUCACACCACCGACGCCACCGCAAGAACCGGCAGCGGCAGUGUCGAACACCGCAAUGCCGCCGCCGGCGUCGGCAGCACCAGAGAAGAAGAAGAGCAAGAAGAAGAAGAAGGUGAAGAUGGAGAAGGUGCUGGCCAAGGAGGAGGAGCUGGCCAAUGCGAAAUGCGAGGAGGGGGCCGAUGGAACAGUGGAUGCGGCGGACGGCAACGGGGACGAUGACGGCGCGCCGACAAAGGCACCGAAGACCGGUUUGGGGCUGAAGCUGGACACCGACGACGUGCUCAAGGAGUGGUCCGGCAAGGGGUCUAUGUUCGCCGAGGGCAGCGGGCCCGAUUCGUCGGAGUCUGCCGCCGAAGUGCGGGCCAAACUUGCAGACAUCGACUUGUUUCCUGAGAACGGGUCUGGUGGCAUCAGGGAAGCAAGGGUGAUGAGGUACAAGGAGAAGCGGCGCAACCGGCUCUUUUCGAAGAAGAUCCGGUACCAGGUGCGGAAGGUGAACGCCGACUGCCGGCCUCGGAUGAAGGGAAGGUUUGUUAGGAGCCCAUCUCUUCUGCAGCAAGCCCUGGAGGAAGAGAGCUAGAUAUAGUGAUACUUCUUGCUAGCCUUUAAAUGGACACCUCUUUUUGGCCCUUUUUAGCUUCUCCCGUUAGCUCAGAGACCUCAGUGAGUGAGAAUUUUUUGUUCCCUCCCUUCUUUUUUCUUUUCUUUUCUUUGUGUUUCGGAGUUUUGCUUUGCGGACAGAGGAGGAUAGAGAUGCCCGGUUGCCAUGGGGAUCAGAGAUCAGGUCAGGUCAGGUCACAUAGUUUUAUAUUUCAGGUUUACAUGUGAGGUAAAGGAAGGAAAUAAAGUGAUGUUAGAAUAUUUUAAACUCA